GCGUCCACUUAAAGUGGAUGACUAUAACAUAAAAACCAAGUUGGAUGUCAACAAAAACUGGGUAAUUUGAGGAUGAUGAUGGGAACUCAAAAUUACUUACUCUUUGUUCUUUCACUCAUAGCUCUUUCAGUCUCUAGUAAUGGUAAUUCCACCGCAGAAUCCAAGUGUGACUGCCAUCACACAUCAAUCAACGCUGGAAAUUUUCCAGGAGGUUUUAUCUUUGGGGCAGCAUCAUCAGCUUAUCAGGUGUUUGCAAUAGCAUAGCAGUUUAAGGCAUAGAUGUAACUUGAAGCUGUUAGCUAUGUAACUAUCUUACAUACUUGAUGUAAAGAGGAAGCAUAGAAAAAGAAGUGUUUGUACUUUUGUGAAGGUGCAUUCAAUGUAAAUGCCAAAGGCCAGAGCAUGUGGGAUAAUUUCACUCACAUGUAUCCAGACAAGAUAUUGGACCACAGUAACGGAGACACAGCAGUUGAUUCCUAUCAUCGCUACAAGGAAGAUGUGAAGAUUGCAAGAUAUUUGGGUCUUGAUGCCUACAGAUUUUCAAUAUCAUGGCCUAGGAUAUUGCCAGGUGGAACGAUCAAGGAAGGUGUGAAUCGAGAGGGGAUUGAUUAUUACAAUAAUCUCAUCAAUGAACUUCUGGCUAAUGGGAUAGAGCCUUUUGUGACUAUUCUCCACUUCGAUGUUCCACAAGCUCUGCAAGAUGCAUAUGGUGGAUUCCUAAAUGCUCAAAUUGUGGAUGAUUUUUUGGACUUCUCAGACCUCCUGUUUCACCAAUUUGGUGACCGCGUCAAGUAUUGGGUCACUAUAAAUGAACCAUGGACAUUCACUGUUUAUGGUUAUGCAUAUGGUUUAUUUGCACCAGGCCGUUGUUCAAACUGGCAAGGGCUCAAUUGCACUGGAGGCGAUUCAGCCAUAGAACCAUACCUUGUGGCCCACAACCAACUUCUUGCCCACUCAGCUGUUGUAAAUUUGUACAGAAACAAGUAUCAGGUCCCUUGGAUAAGAACCUCCUUGAAUUUCUUGAAUCAUAUGUACAAGGAAGUUUUGUUACGAUUUAACUUUGACAAAGGCAUGCAGGCAAUACAAAAGGGGAAGAUUGGAAUAUCAUUUGCUUCAUAUUGGUUUGAGCCACACGACGAAACAAUUGAGAAUAAGAAGGCAAAAGAUAGAGCCCUUGAUUUCAUGCUAGGAUGGUUUAUGGAACCAUUAACACGAGGUACUUAUCCAGAGAGUAUGAGGGUCCGAGUAAGAGGCCGAUUGCCCAAGUUUACUAGAGAGGAAAUAAACAUGAUGGAAGGGUCCUUUGAUUUCAUUGGAUUCAAUUAUUACGGUGCUAUGUAUGCAUUUAACAAACCCAACUCGUCCAGCUUCAGCUACACCACGGAUUCUGAGAUUGACAUCACAGGGAGGAGAAAUGGGAAGCCAAUAGGUGAACAAGCAAGAAAUUCAAGCCGGAUCUACAUAUAUCCACAGGGACUUCGGAAAAUUCUGAGGCACAUAGAAGAAAAAUACAAUGAUCCGCUGAUUUACAUCACUGAGAAUGGGCUUGAUGAGGCAACAAAUGACACUUCAGGAAUAUCCUAUGCAAUAAAAGAUGACAUGAGGAAAGACUACAUCCACGACCACAUCUGUUGCCUGCAUGAAGCAAUGGAGAAAGAUGGAGCUAAUGUUAAGGGAUAUUUCGUGUGGUCGUUGAUGGAUAAUUUCGAGUGGGCUUCCGGAUUUUCAGUUCGCUUUGGACUUAAUUAUGUGGAUUUCAAAGAUAAGACGUUGAGACGAUACCCCAAGCAGUCUGCCCUCUGGUUCAAGAAUUUCCUUCUCAAAAGAAUGUUAAGUUGUGAAGAUUGAUUUGAAGAAGAAAAGGAUAACCUGAUUCAACUUAGAAUUCCCAAGUUGAGUUGGAGAAGGAUAACCCGAUUCAAAGUUGAGUUGGAGAAGGAUAACCUCAUUCAA